GGGUAAUGUAGUUUCUGAUUGGGAAUGUUUUGACAGUAAUCGAGGCGUCGUAUAAAAGGAUUGAAUUCAAUCGUUGUACAGAGUAGCCCGGGAAACGUCAUCAGAGGAACUUUAACAGAUAUUCGACAGCUGGUUCCAAUCGUUCUGUCUGCUAUAGAUCUCCAGGGUCGUCAUGCUGGGUCUGGUUAUAGGUGUGGCGACAGUGACCCUAGUUCUGGGUGGGGAGCCACGUAAUGCUGCGGAACUGAGGGCCAAGUACUACAUGACAGACAGGGACUGGCUUAUCUGUGAGAGUAGGGCGUAUGAGCGAAUACUCAUAGAAGAACAGGAAGCGCGUGACUUUCACAAAUCCGGUGUGGAUGAUGUGGUAGCGGGGUCCACAACGGCGCAGCACCGACAGGUAACUGCUACACUGGACAAAAGUAUGAAGAUGGCAGACCAUCAUCGAAUUUUCACUCUCUCUGUCGAGGAAGCAGUGAAACAUCAGUCUGUUCCCCACAAUGAUGUACGUGAUCUGCUGCUGAGCGGGUUCGGACCCGACAUGGACUGUGGAAACCACUCAGUGUGCUGCGAGGAGACGUAUCCAUACAGAACCGCUAACGGAAGAUGCAACAACCUCGUCAACCCGAACUGGGGCGAAUCCUUCAUCCCUUUCAGGAGGUUCAUGGAUCCCCGCUACGGUGAUGGCAUUUCGUCUCCCCGCACGAUGUCCACGGACGGCGUUACUGCACUGCCCAGCGCCCGGCUGGUGAGUACCACGAUACACGAGGCCUCGGACACAUCAACACUCAGCAACACCAACACACACAUGCUGAUGACCUGGGGGCAGUUCCUGGACCAUGACUUCACCCUCACGCCAGUGCAGCAGGGAGCCUAUGGUAGCAGUGUCAGUUGUUGUGAAUCACCCAAGGUGACGUUUACACAAGCAAGACUGAGCGCAAGGCAUCAGUGUUUCCCCAUCAGUAUUCCCAACGACGACCCGUCAUUCAACAACAGCUGCAUGGACUUCGCCAGAUCUGUUCAAGUGCAAAAUGCCAGAUGCCAAGCAGCCCCUGUGGAACAGCUCAACCAGCUGACGGCGUAUAUCGACGCCUCCCAAGUGUACGGCUCCACCCAAGAAGAACAGAACAGUCUCAGGACGUUUCAAGACGGUCUGAUGAGGACGUACACCUCCAGCACGGGCCGCAUCCUCCUGCCCAAACAAUCCCCCACAGACGCUGCUAAUUGUGUGACCAACUCUGGCAAUGCGUUCUGCUUCAAGGCAGGGGACGAACGCGUGAACGAGAACCCUGCCCUCACAAGCAUGCAGACAGUGUUCAUGCGGUUACACAACCGCGUGGCUGCCGAUCUCAAGAGGCUCAACUGCCACUGGGGUGACGAGAGACUAUUCCAAGAGGCCAGGAGGAUUAUAGCGGCCACCGUCCAGGUCAUAACAUAUACCGAAUUCCUUCCAAUUCUUCUGGGCCCGACUAUAAUGACUCAGUACGGUUUGACGUCAACGACGUCGGGCUAUGCCAACGUGUACAAACCUACCGUUGACGCCAGCAUCCACAACGCCUUCUCCACUGCCGCCUUCAGAGUCGGUCACACCUUGGUCAACGACUUCCUUGGUAAUUCCGAUACAAGUGGCAUGGAUACUGGAAAUACCGUCCUCAGUACAAGCUUCGGUAAUACUGACAUCCUCCUGAACCAACCUGGCCGGACCGUGGGCAGCUUCUGCCGUGGCCUUGCACGUGACAGCACCCAGCUGGUUGACCGUUUCAUGACCACCCAGUUGACUAACAACUUGUUCCCUGACAACGCCGGGAACAGACUGGACCUGGCGUCCCUGAACAUCCAGAGGGGUCGGGACCACGGUCUGGCGGGGUACGGGUACUGGAGGAAGUUCUGUGGGCUGACAUACGUCACUAACAUCAUGGACCUCUCCGAGAUACCGUACAACGUGCGUUCCAAACUGGCUUCUAUCUACUCGUCUCCCGACGACAUCGACCUGUUCACAGCAGCUAUAUCGGAGACCCCUGUGCCAGGUGGGCUGGUGGGACCAACACUUGCCUGUUUACUGGGUCGACAGUUCCAAGCCCUAAAAAUUGGAGACAGGUUCUGGUAUGAGGAAGACAACGACUUCGUCAGGUUCACCCCAGCCCAACUGGAAGAGAUACGGAAGGCCACUCUGUCCCUCGCCAUAUGUCACGGCACCAACACAGAGCAACUCCAGGUUGAGGCUUUCGUAAAGAGUUCAACAUUGGUGGACUGCGAUAGCAUCCCAACCCUUUCCCUGGAUCCCUGGCGAGAAGCGAAUGGAAGCUGGUCAAGCUGGUCUGAGUGGUCACCGUGCCAGAACAACAUACGCACCAAGACCAGGACCUGUUCUCCAUGCUAUGCAGGAUGUGACGGACCGAACGCCGACAGCGAGGCCUGCGGGAACACUUGCAGCUGGAACACAUGGGGGACGUGGGGCUCCUGUGUCAAUGGUUCUGGAGAAAGAAACAGAACUUGCAAAUGUUCUGGUGAUGUUUCGCAAUGGAGAAAGUGUUCGAAGGUGUCACAGCCCAUUGUUUGAUACAACGGUUUCAACAAUUCUGAGGGUGAGGGUGUUCUAAGUUGUAUGACUUGUACCCAGUCCUUUUCACAUGAAUAAAAUGUUUAAAACAAAA